UGGUGCCAUCUUGGGGACAAAGACAGAAGGAGAACGAGUAACCUUGACCCAGCUGGCCUGACUGUGUGCACCGGCAUGGACUACAUCAAAUGUUCUCCCACAGGCAGAGUUAGUAACAUUCGAUUACUAACUCGAUUAGUAAAUUCGAUUGUUAUGGAAAAACAGACAAAUGUCACUUCUUGCACCUCCAACUGUGGAUUGAGAAACUCACAUCGACUUUGUUGGUUUUGUGUGUUUUGAUCGGGACAAUAUGGCCCCCGCAGGCCUGAAAGGGAGCGAGGGCCCCAGGAAAGCCCUGUCCCCUGGGCUUUAUGACAACAGUGCCGAGUCAUAGAGGCCCUGCGGGUCCCUAAGGGAUACCGGUUCUCCUUGCUGUGGCCUUGGCUCUCCUGGGCGGAGUUUUGCCCUUGUGGGCUAAUGGGAAAUGAUGGAGUUUCUUGGAACCACUCAGAACGCCAGUUACUGUAGCCCCAGGAAAACCUGUAGCUUCAAUGAGCCUCUGGAUGUGCAGGCCCCAGUGAUGCAGGAAUGUUACCAGCCCUAUUACCUGCCGGGGUACCGCUACCUCAACACAUGGAGACCCAGCCUCUUCCACAAGGUCUCCACCGCCCAGAUCUGCCCGGAGGAGGGGGCCACAUGCCAGGGCGUUCAGAAGCCGCCCACCAUCCUGCCCUCACUCCGCUCAGGGCUCUUCUGUCGCUACAGCCCCCACGACUGGGACAGGUCCCACGAGAUGCAGAUGCGCGGGGCGGAGGCUUCUCGGCUGUGGGCUGGCCGGCUGAUCGGUGACUCCAUGCGGCUCAUGCAGGACAAGGACCAGCUGACGCACCAGAUGCAGGAGGGGACCUGCCGGAACCUGGGCCAGAGGCUGUCGGACAUCGGUUUCUGGAAGUCUGAGCUGAACUACGAGCUGGAGAGGCUUCUUAACGAGAACCGAGGCUUGGACGCAGUCAGGAAGCGGCUGGAGUGUGCAGCGGACGAGGUGAACUGCCCAUUGCAGGUGGCACUGGAGUGUCUGUACCAUCGAGAGAAAAGGAUCGGGAUCGAUUUGGUCCAUGACAAUGUGGAGAAAAACCUCAUCCAGGAGGUGGAUUUGCUGAAAUGCUGCCAAGAACAGAUGAGAAAACUAGCUCAAAGAAUUGAAAUCCAGCUGCGGGAUAAUCGAGAUGCUCAGCAUGCUCUGGAGAGGGACCUUGAGGACAAAAACUCAGCCCAGUUUAUUGACGAAAAGUGUUUUAACCUGAGGAACACAUCCGACUGCAUCAGCUUCUUCCAUGGCGUGGAGAAGGUCGAUGGCACGAUCUCCGUGCCUGAGACCUGGGCCAAGUUCAGUAAUGACAACAUCAGGCACUCGCAGAACAUGCGGGCCAACUCCAUCCGGCUGCAGGAGGAGGCCAAGAACCUCUUUGAGACCCUGUCGGAUCAGAUGUGGAAACAGUUCACCAACACCAACCUGGCUUUCAACGCCCGCAUCUCCGAGGUGACCGAUGUGAAGAAUAAGCUGCAGAUGCAGCUCGCGAAGACACUGCAGGAGAUCUUUCAGGCUGAGAGCACCAUCGCGCUGCUGGAGAGGUCCAUCAUGGCCAAGGAGUGCCCACUGAAGGUGGCACAGACGCGGCUGGAGUGCAGGACCCGGCGCCCCAACGUGGAGCUGUGCAGGGACAUCCCACAGUUCAAGCUCGUGAACGAGGUGUUCACCAUUGAUGACACGCUGCAGACCCUCAAGCUGAGGCUGCGGGAGACGCAGGACACGCUGCAGCUGCUGGUAAUGACCAAGUGCCGGCUGGAGCACGAGCUGGCCAUCAAGGCCAACACCCUCUGCAUCGACAAGGAGAAGUGCAUGUGCAUGCGCAGGACCUUCCCCAGCACCCCGCGCCUGGUGGGCUACACGUGAGCUGACACUGCCUGCGGUGCCUGCUCCGUGUCGGUUCCUUAUGUAACAUAAACUUUGAAAAGGCAGACAAGUGAAAUAAACAAAAGUGUUUUCUCCCUUU